UUGAUGUAAAAGAAAAUUAAGGCAUUGCCAUUGAAUGAAUCUAGCAUGACAAUUACCAAAAAAAAUACUCGACUCUGAAAUAUAAUCAAAUCGCAUUCACUUUCGAACCGAGCAAGGCAAAAAAAAUAAAAACUAUAUACAGUGGCAACAAAUAAAAAUGAAAACCUGAAGCAGCCGCGACAGAAAAUUGGACUACGUGCAGCGAAUUUGGAUCAAUUUUUCGUAGAGAGAGAGACGCUGCUCUGUGUAGGUAGGAAGCGACCCCAAAAGGGAGGACCCAGAGGAGACGACGGUGGUCAGGAGCCAUCGACAAUGGGCUCCGGCUUCCAUACGCAAUUGGUACGCAAUAUUAUUCCCUCAGCUGAGCAAACGACGCAUGCAAAUUUUGCAAACGCAUCUGCUAUAUAAAGUCGUCGUUUUUUUGGCCAAGGCAUGUCAGUUCAUUUUCGAUAAUCGACGGUGACAAUCCCUCCAAACCCAAGCGGCACAAUGAAUCCUUUGACGGUUGUUGCAGUUAUCUCCUCGAUGGCCCUCUCGGCUCAGGCUGGUCUGGCGCCUUUCUCUGCCCCUCUGGCCGCCGCUCCUCUGGGCGCUCCUCUGGCCUACUCCGCACCUCUGGGACCUGCUCCGUACUUUGCCCCGGCUGCGUACUCCGCUCCCUUGGGCUACUCGGCUCCUCUGGUGGCUGGACCCGCUCCUCUGGUGGCCAAGACCUAUGCCGCUGCUCCCUUCACUCCAUUCGCCGCUCCAGUUGCUGCUCCCGUUGCUGCUCGUCUGGCUGCUCCAGUUGCUGCUCCAGUUGCCGCUCCUCUGGCUGCUCCAGUUGCCCCAGUUGCCCCAGUUGCUGCUCCCCUGGCUGCUCCCGUUGCCGCUCCCCUGGCUGCUCCAGUGGCUGCUCCCAUUGCCACCGAGGUUGUGGAUGCCUACCCGCAGUACAAGUUUGCCUACGAUGUCCAGGAUACGCUGACCGGUGACUCCAAGACCCAGGAGGAGACCCGUGAUGGUGACAUUGUUCGCGGCUCCUACUCCCUGAUCGAGCCCGAUGGUUCCCGUCGUAUUGUGAGCUACUAUGCCGACGAUAUCAAUGGAUUCAAUGCUGUGGUGCAGAAGGAUGUGCCUGUGGCUGUUGCUCCCGUUGCUCCAGUGCUGGCCAAGACCGUGGCUGCUCCCGUGGCUGCUGCCCCCGUAGCUCCAGUUUUUGCCAAGACUCUGGCCGCACCCAUUGUUGCCUAAAAGGGAGGUGGAGUAGAAGGAGACGGAGAAGCAGAGACAACUCGACAAAGGACUUUCAUUU